AUGAGGAACUUUAAAGGAGCAAACUUUGGAAAAUGGAUGAGCAGCCAAGAGGAGGCCAAGGCUUUGCUUGUUGACCUGAAGGAGUUCCUGUCCAGACCUCUGGAUAGUCCCACAGGCCGUUCAUUUGCAGCAGAACAAAGACUCGCCUGUGAUUCCAUUCUGAGGGCUUGUAAUCAACAGGUGGUGGCUGGGCUUGCCUGCCCUGACCACCUGGGCAGCCUGUUGGAACUGGCAGGGUUGGCCUGUGAUGGCUACUUGAAAGCAACCCCUCAUCGCACCCCGCUCUACUUAGAACGCAUCAUCUUUGUCUUCUUGCGAAAUAUUUUUGCUCGAGUGGCCCCAAACGCUGUUCUCUACCUGAUCAAAUCAUUGCAUGCCUGCCUAGUGCAGCAUGUGCCUGUGGGUGCAUCCCAGGACUAUGAGGCUAUUGUCAGAGGUGCCUUCUCUUUGCUUUGGAAGGGGGCAGAAGCACUUAGAGAACGUCAACAAGCCUUCUCUGUUCGACUGUGGGCCCUGAGCUUCCUGGUACUCUUGGAAGAUGAAAGUACCCCAUGCAAAUUCCCUCUUUUUUCUUCCCCAACUGCUUGUCAAGCUGAAGCUGCCUGCCGGCUCUUUGAAGGCAGUGGGCAUCCUUUGGGUGAGGCAGAUGCCCACUUCCUCAGUGAACAGCUUUCUUCUUGUGUGAUCAAAGUGUUGGUUAGGGAGGAAGCUAGCCCUUCACAUCCUCUCUCUCCCUGCAGGGCCCUCUGCCUCCUAGAGCUUACCUUAGAAAGGUGCCAAAGACUGUGCCUGAGCAGCUGUUGCACAGAGGCUGCUAGGGCUGUGCAGGAAGUCCAGGGUUACUUGGGAAACACAGCCCUGGCCCCUAGCCUCCAGCUGUGCCUAUUGGGAGUGGAACUCCGAAGGCUGCUGGCUGGAGCCUUUGGGGCAGUGGGACAGCUAUUGCGCAAGGCUGCAGCUACUCUCAGUUUUGGUGUCAAGGGCCCGUCAUCCUCAUUUAGAGCCCUUGUGGAGACUUGCCAGUUCAUCCUCUUGGUCCUAGAGAGUGAUACCCUGAAAAAGUAUGAAUUGGAUAGCAUCCUGGGCCUCUCAGCCUUCUUGGGCAAAUAUUGUCAUCUUCUUCGCCAGCUUCGGGACAAUGUGAGUUAUAUGUCGGGGGGGCGGGCCAAGCAGCAGCAAGUCUUGGCUCAGAUGCAUUUUCAUGGACUCCAGCUCUUUACCAGGAUGGUUUAUGAUUUCUUCAGUGGUUCUAAGGUCACAGAUUUGACUGAUCUGACCCAGCUUGUAGAGAGCUGUCACUGUGCUGUUGUCUGGAUGCUGGAGGCUCUAGAGGGCCUGAAGGACCAAGAGCAGGCAGACUACCUUGGAAUCACUGCCUGUUGCACCAGUCACUUGGCCUAUAAGUUCUACAACCAAAAGCUCUAUGCUGAGGCCAGCACCAUCACUGAACCUUUUUGUCAGAAGAUUGGAUUGGCAAAGUCUGGAACUUACCCUGGGGUGCCUCCUGAGAAGCUGCACAAGUGCUUCCGGUUACAUGUGGAGAGCCUGAAGAAACUAGGCCAGCCAGGCCAGGGCUGCAGGAUGGUGACUCUGUGGCUGAAGGCCCUGCAGCCCUGCAGCCUUGAGCAAAUGGCGGAGCCCAUCAGCUUUUGGGUCCGUGUCAAGAUGGAUGCUGCCAAGGCUGGUGACAAGGAACUGCAGCUGAAGACCCUUCGGGACAGCCUGGCUGGUUGGGACACAGAGCUGCUGACAUCCUUGCUGGUAGAAGAGUUGCGAAGCUAUAAAGCGAUCCGGGCUGACACAGGACAAGAGCGCUUCAAUGUGAUUUGUGACUUGUUGGAGCUGAGUACAGAAGAGACACCAUCUGGGGCCUGGGCUCGGGCCACCUAUUUGGUAGAGCUUGCCCAAGUGCUGUGCUACUACGACUUUGCCAAGCAUGCCAACUGCUCAGCUUUGGAAGCUGUGCAGGAGGCCCUGAAACUGUUGGAAUCUGUACAGCCAGAGGGCCAGGCCACAGACAAGUUUUUGGAUGAUAAGGCACAGGCUUUGCUGUGGCUCUACAUCUGUAGCCUGGAGACCAAAAUGCAGAAAGGCAUUGAACAGGACUUGAGGUUGAAGUUGCAGCCCAGCUUGAUAGAACUAGAAACCAAUGACCUGAACUAUGAGGAUAAAAUCCAGGAUGACCAUUUCCUCUAUAGUAGCAUUGCCUUCAAUCUGGCUGUGGAUACUGCUCAGUCUAAGUGCUUAGAUCAGGCACUGACCCUUUGGAAGGAGAUGCUAAAAAAAGGGCAGGUGCCCACUGUGAGAUGUCUACAACAGACCACUGCCUCCCUCCAGAUCCUGGCUGCUCUCUAUCAGUUGGUGGCCAAGCCCCUACAGGCUCUGGAGACACACUUGUUGCUCCGUACUCUCUCAGAAAAUCUUAAGGACUACAUUAGAGCAGCUAGUGCCUCCUGCCAUAUAACUCGGCUCCUUCUGACACUAGACUGUCCCAGCUAUGCUCAGUUCUACUUGGAGGAGGCAGAGUCCAGUCUGCAGCUCAGUGAUCACACCAGUGAUGGAUACCUGCUUCACACCCAAACCUGUGCCCUACUUCGAAGUCAGCUUUACUGCCUCCAGAAGAAGGUGACUGAAGGCCUCUCUUUGUUGCUGUCUGUGGUACGGGACUCAGCCCUUCAAAAAUCUUCUAAGGCUUGGUACUUGCUUCGGGUCCAGGCCUUGCAGGUGGUGGCUCUCUACCUUAGUCUCCCCUCAAGCAGUCUCUCUGUCCAGCAGUGGGAGCAACUUUAUACUCAAGGCUGGCAAACCUCUGAGAUAGCUCUCAUUGAAUCCCACAAGCUCCUUCGAAGCAUUAUCAUCCUUCUGAUGGGCAGAGACCUACUCUUUGUUCAGCAGUCAGCAGUAGACGCUGCCUUUCUUGACUAUGGUGAAAACCUAGUACAGAAGUGGCAAGUUCUUGCAGAGGUCCUGGGCUGCUCAGAGAAGCUGGUAACCUUGUUGGGACGCCUGGGCACUGUAAGUGAAGCCAAGGCCUUCUGCCUGGAGGCACUGAGGCUUGCCAUGAAGCUGCAGUGUGUUCGCCAGUGUGCCCUGUUCCUGGUGCUAAAGGGAGAACUAGAACUAGCCCGAAAUGAUCUUGACCUUUGCCAUUCGGACCUAGAGCAGGUGUUGUUUCUGCUUGGAUCUAGUACAGAGUUCGAAGGGAUAGCCCAGCUGCCAAACACUGUGAAAAGGAUCCAUCCCCAGAAAGGACAACAGGAGCCUCGUGUACAACCCUGUUCUGAGCUCUCUGAAGAGGAAGCCUUCCUGAAGGGUCCUGCUCUACAGCUGGUAGCCACCGUGGAGAAGGAUCCAGGCCCCUCGGUGUCCUCCCCUGUUCUGAAAAGCAAGCCUCAGCCUUGCCCUGCCUUCCUUUCCCACUCGCUUUCCUGCAGCUGCAUACUUUGUACUGACCCUGCUCUGCUAGUUGUCUGCCUUCGGUGGCUGCUAGCCUCUGCCGGGGCAGAACUCUCCUCAGGUCAUCAGGCCAAAGGCCUGGAUUUCUUACGGUCUGUGCUCAGGAGAUGCCCGGGGGCCACACAGCAUCUGGCAAAGGUUUUACAAGCUACUUUGAGCCAAGAAGCAUCCCCAUCACCCGCUCCAAGAUUAUUAGAGGACCUCAUUGCUCAGGCUUACGCUCAUUUAGCCCUGGAAGGCAUAAACCAUCCACCAGACAAGGGCCUCUGGGAAAUCCUCGAGACUGGCCUGAAUUUUGUUGCUUCCAGGACUCCUUUCCUGAACCCCUGGCAUGCCAGCCUUCUUGUGACAAAGGGCCUGGCGACGCUAUCCAGUCUCAGCUGUUGUACCACUCAACUCUUUGGGAACACUUGGGCCUGGCAACCUCCAGCAGUGAAGCUCUCCCAGAUGUCAAAGUCUUCUAAAAGUCAGAGCCAAAAUGGUCCAGGAGAAAGAGGCAAGCAAGCGGCCUCCAGUGAUCCAGCCCUCCAUGCUCCCUCUGCAGAGGAUUUGGGUGAGAAGCCUUCAGCUGGGCCAAGGCCCAUCAGGAAGCCUUGUACCCCGAAGCAGCCGGGCCAGACUGGCCUCCAUGCACCCUUCACAGUGUUUGAUGAGGAACUUUCUAGCCAAGGCAAGCCCGAUUUAGCCAAGGCCCCGAGGGUGAGGUGCAGAGUCCAAACUCGUCUGAAGGUGAACUUUAGUGAUGACGAUGAAGACCAUCCCCCUUCCCAUGGACUGGCUGAAAAGCCCAAGAGAAGAGGAGCUGCCCCUCGAGGCAGGGGCCGGGGGGGCAGGGCCUCGAGGUUGAAGACAGAUGCCCAGAGUGAUCCAGGGGACUCAGGGGACCAGUCUGCCUGCAGCAGACGAACUCGCCAGAGCUACAAGGCAGGGGUGGAGGAGCAAGUCCCUCCGAGGGCCCUUCGACGGCAGGCCAAGGUGGAUGUGGAGCUCAUGAGAACCAUUCCUGAAGAACAGAUGACCACAAAGCUGGACAUGAGCAUGGAGACACUGCAAGAUUCUGAUGAGGGAGGCAGAGCCUCAGCAGGAAGACAGAAUACCUGGCAGGACACUGCUGUGGGAGAGUGUGAGGUGGUGAGACGAGACGCCAGCAAGGAAGAGCCACCUUUCCCGCCCCCAGAGAAGAGGGAGGGUGAUCGAAGCCAGCACGGUCCCCAGGCCAGGCCUGCCUCUGCUCCAGCAGCCUUUGGCCAGCCCACCCUCGAAUCCAUCUAUGACUCCCUGAGUAUCGCCUUCCGCUGUGUCAGCCACUGCCCCCCGAGCGAGCUCUACGCUCAGCUGUGCCGCCUCCUGGCUCUGUGCCUGGGGCACCGAGACCCCCAUGCCACUGCCUUGUUGGUCACUGAGUCUGUAGCUAUCACCUCUCGGCACCAGCUGCUCACCACUCUCCACCGGCAGCUCCACAAAGCCCAGAAACGGCAAGCAGCAGAUGUGGUGGAGCAGCUCCAGGGCUUGAGCCUGCAGGAAGAGCCCAGAGGGGUCCCCUUCAGCCGCCUGCAACACCUCUUUUCAUUCAGGACACCCACGAGCGGCUGCUUCCCACAGCCUGAGAAGGAGAACUUCCAGGAGCUUCUGGCUCAGAUGCCCAGUGGAGUGACAGUGUGUGUGCUGGCUUUGGUCAGCCUCCAGUCUGGAACUGUCAGGGAUACAUUACUAUUGACACGGCUGGAAAAGAACAUUCCCCCCGUCACCAUUCAGAUACCCACUGCCCAAACAAAGCUGCCUCUGAGUUCAGCCUUGGAAGAGUUUGAUUUAAUCCAGAAAGAACAGAAGGAGAAUAGCAACUGUACAGAGAAGGCCAAGUGGUGGACAACUCGGCUGAAACUGGAUCGAAGGAUGGAGGUUCUUAUCACUUCCCUGGAGAAACAUGUGCUAGGUUGUUGGAAGGUGAUGCUGGUGCCAUCCACUGGAGAUCCAAGCCUGACCCAGGAGGCCUCCUGCCUAACAGACUCACUAAUGAAGUGUGGUUGGAAGUUUCCUGACUCGACCCUGCUACAAGUGGUCCUGGAUGCUGCCCAUAUCCUUUCUCCUCAGGAUGUUCAGGCUUUAGCCCAGGGUCUGUGCCAGGCCCAGACAGAGAGAGCCCAGGAACUACUCCAGGAGGCUGUUGGACGUGUGCAGGGCCAGCCCAGGCAGAGCAAUGGGCACCUGGUGCUGGUAUUAGAUAAGAACCUGCAGAAGCUGCCAUGGGAGAACAUUCCCAGUCUCCGGGCCCAGCCUGUCACUCGGCUACCUUCACUCCGAUUCCUGCUCAGCUACUCACUGAUCAGAGAAACCCAGGCUUCAUCGGUGCUCAACAGGGGGGUGAAUCCACAAAGUACCUUCUACGUCUUGAACCCCCAGAACAAUCUGGGAAACACGGAGGAGCGAUUUCGAGCCCGCUUCUGCAGUGAGGCUGGCUGGAAGGGGCUGGUUGGGGAGGCCCCCAGCCAGGAACAGCUCCAGGCGGCCCUGACAGAGCAUGAUCUGUACAUUUAUGCAGGCCAUGGGGCUGGCGCCUCCUUCCUGGAUGGUCAAGCCAUCCAGCGGCUCAACUGCCGAGCAGUGGCCUUGCUGUUCGGAUGUAGCAGCGCUGCCCUGGCCGUGCAUGGGCGCCUGGAAGGAGCUGGCAUCGUCCUCAAAUACGUUAUUGCAGGCUGCCCCCUCUUCCUGGGGAACCUGUGGGAUGUGACAGACCGAGAAAUAGACCGCUACACUGAAGCGCUGCUGCAGGGCUGGCUGGGGGCGGGCCCCGGAGCCCCCCUCCUUCCCUAUGUCAUCCAGGCCCGGCAGGCCCCCAGACUCAAGUACCUCAUUGGAGCCGCCCCGGUGGCCUACGGCUUGCCUGUGUCCCUCCAGUGACCUCUCCAGGCCUCCAGUUUCU